ACAGAACUGGACCUGAGUAACAACCAGCUGCAGGAUUCAGGACUGAAGAAGCUGUGUCCUGGACUGGAGAGUCCACACUGUCACCUGGAGUCUCUCAGGCUGUCAGGCUGUCUGAUCUCAGAGGAAGGCUGUGCUUCUCUGGUCUCAGCUCUGAGCUCCAACCCCUCCCAUCUGAGAGAGCUGGACCUGAGCUACAACCAUCCAGGAGAGUCAGCAGUAAAGCUUUUGUCUGCUGGACUGAAGGAUCUCCGCUGGAGACUGGACACUCUCAGGGUGGAGCCUGCUGGACAACGAUGGAUGACACCAGGUCUGAGGAAGUAUUCCUGUCAACUCAUCAUCGACACAAACACAGUCCACAAACGCAUCAAACUGUCUGACAACAACAGGAAGAUGAUGUGUGUGGAUGAAUAUCAGUCAUAUCCUGAUCAUCCAGACAGGUUUAAUUACUGUUGUCAGCUGCUGUGUAGAGAAGUUCUGACGGGUCGCUGUUACUGGGAGGUCCAGUGGAGAGGAAGAGUUUAUAUAUCAGUGAGUUACAGAAGAAUCAGAAGGAAAGGAGACUCUAAAGACUGUGUGUUUGGAAGAAACGAUCAUUCCUGGAGUCUGGAAUGUUUUGAUGGUGGUCGGUACUCUGUCUGGCACAAUAACAGAGUAACAUCUUCCUCCUCCUCUUCCUCAGUCUCUGACAGAGUAGCAGUGUAUGUGGACGUUCCUGCUGGAACUCUGUCCUUCUACAGCGUCUCCUCUGACAGACUGAUCCACCUCCACACCGUCAACACCACAUUCACUGAACCUCUCUCUCCUGGGUUCAUGAUCUGGUCCAAGUCUGGUUCUUCAGUGACUCUGUGUUGAGUUCAGUCUCAAGAUUCUCCUCCUGUCAGAGAAACCGUCUCUGUUGGACUGAUAGUUGAGUCUGUACAUGUCUGUCUCUGUUUCCAUCAGAACACCUGAAUCACAUGUUGGUGAAACUGUUCUGAAUGAUUCCUUGGAAACUUCUUCCUCUUCCAGUCCUUUAAAGGUGGAAGCUGCUGUUAUUCCAGGAUCCACAUGUUGUUCUUCUGUCUGUUUCCAGUCAGAGCUUCACAGUGAACAGCAGCAUGUUGUUUCUCUGCAGCUCACAGCUGAGAUCAUUCACUUCAUGUCAGCUGCAGUUAGUUUGCUGCACAUGUGACCAACUGUGAUGUCAGAGAGGAAUCACUGAGCUGCAAUCAGCCAAGAUGAAGUUACAACCUGCUGACAGAUCUCAGCACAAGGUUGCUGUGCAGCCAGGAUUCAUCCUGGUCUUGAUUCUCGCCCACUUCCUGUUCCAACCAGGACGUCACUACUGGACUGUCAGGUUUCUGUCAUGGUGAAGGGUUUGUUUAUGUGUGAGCUCUCACCAAGAUGAAUAAGAUGAUCCAUCCAUCCAUUAUCUAGAACUGCCUCUUCAUGUUCAGGGUCCCGGGGGUCGGCCUUGUUGAUUUUACACUGUACUAAGAAGGGCUACUUUUUUAACAGAAUUCUUCUUUGAUGACAAUAUUUGAUAUCCACUCAUUAAAAGCGCUACCUCAACAUUUCCUCAAAAUAAUUAUCCAAUUGAUUUAUCAUGCUAGGAAACAUAUUUCAGAAUAAAACAUUUUUUAUUCUUAAUCAAUUUAAAAUGUUCCAAUUUUCAAAUGAUCACUUCUGUAACAUUUUAGUAGAAAAUCAUGAACCUCUUCAAAUUAAGUCCCAUUUAUAUGAAAUUAAGCAGCAUAAUACUUCUAGCAAAUCAUGAAGUCCCACAUCUGUAGAAAUGAUCAGGUAUAAAAAUAAUCGGAUAUUCAAAAUCCAUUUGUACUAAUAAUCAAAUAUGUAGCUCUGGUCUUACGGUUUGCCUGACAGAGUGGUUGAUUUAAGAACUUCCAUAUGGGUUAUAUUUUAUAAUUCUGCUGGUGAGUAUUUUCAGGAGUGUUAUUUACUUCACUAAUUGUUCAAAAGUAAUUAGUUAUGUUAUUUG